AUGGCAGACACGGCUCUGCACAAUGCCCCGAUAGUGUUAGACAAUGGUAGUGGUACGAUUCGCGCCGGAUUUGCAGGCGAAGACCUCCCUAAAUGCUACUUCCCAUCGUUCGUCGGCCGGCCAAAACACCCCCGAGUACUUGCCGGAGCUCUAGAAGGAGACGUGUUUAUCGGGCAGAGAGCACAAGAGCUACGCGGACUGCUGAAGAUCAGAUACCCCCUCGAACACGGCAUUGUCACUGAUUGGGAUGACAUGGAAAAAAUAUGGCAAUGGGUGUACGAAGGGGAAUUGAAGACGUUAAGUGAAGAGCACCCAGUGCUUUUGACGGAGCCGCCAUUAAACCCUCGAACAAACCGAGAUACUGCUGCACAGAUUCUUUUUGAGCAGUUCAACAUCCCCGCCCUAUAUACGUCAAUCCAGGCAGUGCUGUCACUAUACGCUUCGGGACGAACAACGGGAAUUGUGCUCGAUUCGGGAGAUGGAGUGUCUCAUGCGGUCCCCGUGUAUGAAGGAUUCGCCAUGCCGAGCAGUAUACGAAGGAUAGACGUUGCUGGCCGUGAUGUAACCGAAUAUCUACAGUUGCUUUUGCGAAAGAGCGGAUAUGUCUUUCAUACAAGUGCCGAAAAGGAGGUGGUGCGCAUGAUUAAAGAAAAGACCGGAUAUGUAGCCAUGGACCCCCGCAAAGAAGAAAAGGAAUGGUCAACGAAUGGCGGAAAGGCGGACUCAAAGAUGGCGGAAUAUGUUCUGCCAGACGGGCAUAAGCUGAAGAUCGGUGUUGAACGAUUCCGAGCUCCUGAAAUCCUCUUCGACCCCGAGAUAAUUGGUCUCGAGUAUCCUGGUGUGCACCAGAUCGUCGUAGAUGCCAUAAACAGGACAGACAUGGACCUUCGAAAGUCCCUAUUCGCCAACAUAGUACUGUCUGGCGGAUCUACACUAUGUAAAGGAUUUGGCGACCGUCUCCUUCACGAGGUGCAGCGGUUAGCAGUCAAAGACAUGAGGAUUAAGAUCUUUGCACCCCCUGAGAGAAAGUACAGUACCUGGAUUGGCGGGAGUAUUUUGGCUGGCCUAAGCACGUUCAGAAAGGUAUGUCCCAUGCUAUGUCGCCUUUCCUCCCUUGCCAGCACACCAUAUGCCACUACGUAA